AUGGUCCAACUCAACAACAGACGAGCUCGAGGCAGGCCAACUCGAAACAGUCUUAAGACUGAAAUCCUAUCAAAAGUCAAACUCAAUCGAAACAAACAAUCAACCACCAACAGCACCACUAGAAACCCAUCAGAACAUAAACCCAACUCACAAUCUAACUCGGAGAUUCAAGCACUACAUCUCACCCAGGAAUCAUCAGCAGCAGUAUCAUCAUCAUCAUCAUCAUUAAUUGAGGACGUACCAGCAGAGAUUAAACGGAAAACUGAUCAGUCCAAAGUCUCAUCUGAUGCGACCGAUAAGAAAGCCAAACCAUCGAAGCAAAAGAGUAAUGAGAGCAAUGAUCGAGGGAAAAGAAAAGAUUCGGUAGCGGUAGUGGUGGAGGGGGAUGAUGAUGAUGAAGAUGGUGAUCAGGAAGAAGAAAACAAGAAGAAGAUUGAAAGGUUGAUCAGGAAACACUCCAAGAAGAUCAAGGACGAGCCAUCAAAACUCAUCUCAGAGUUUCAUCGGAUCGAGAAACGGCUAUCACAACCUAAACUAGACCCUCUCACCCGACAUAGAUUAAUCCUAGAACAGAAGAAACUCGGUGGCCUCGAAGCCUAUCAGACGGCCUCCAAGAUCGGUGGGGCAUUAGAGAAUGGCGGGGAGACUGGGAAGUGGUGUGCCCAAACUUUGAUCGAAUUGGGCUUCCGUCCAUCCGGCCCUCCCCCUACAAUCAACAAAGUCACAUUAUUAGACGUAGGUGCGAUCGAUGGAAAAUCAUAUGCGAAAUACACCGACUGGAUCUCGACAACUUCGAUCGAUAUCAAUCCGAUCGACGAAUCGGUCGUCGCGAGGUGCGAUUUCUUCAAAUUCCCUCUACCCAAAACUGAAGAACAGAAAUUCGACGUGGUCUGUCUAAGUUUAGUCUUAAACUUUAUCGGUGACUUGAAGAAGAGAGGAGAGAUGAUCAAAAGAGCACGAAGAUUCUUGAAGCCUUCUGGAAAACUGUUUAUCGUCUUGCCACUAGCAUGUUUGAAUAACUCUCGGUAUUUGGAUUUCAAGCGAUUCAGGAUGAUCUUGAACUAUUUAGGAUUCAAGGUGAUCAAACAACAUAACUCAUCUAAACUAACAUACUGGUUACUCGAAAAAGAAGACCUUCAAUCCAACACCAUCGAUCACCCGACUGAAUCAGAUCCAACUACUAACUCAAAUCAUUCAAAAUCUUCGUUAAAGUUUCCUAAAGUUCAAAUCCGACCUGGUCUCUCUAGGAAUAAUUUUUGUAUCAAAGUUUGA